UCAACGAGACCACGCAUGCGCCAGACGUCACCACCUUGUAGACUUCUGUUUUUCUCAAUCGGCUUUUCUCCUACUUGUGAACCAACAUCAUAAAAGUUGACGUUUCAGUAUGUUGGGCGCGUGCAGUCGGGUCCUCAGACGGGCUCAGCCUCGGCUGCUGCCGGCCUCCGAGUCCCAGAGACCGCUGAGGCUCCAGAUGCCGACCCGCGCGAGGGCAACGUUUCAGUCACUGGAAGACUGUCUCGUGCUCGACGACGGAGGGACGCCCGUGCGCCUGAACUACUUGUGGCUGCGGGAUCACUGCCGCUCCCCCUCUUCAUACAACCCCCAGACCAACCAGAGGAACCUGGACACCGGGAGUGUCGAUCUCAACGUCCGACCGGACCAUACCACCGUGGAAGAUGGCCAUCUCGUCCUCACCUGGCCCGGAGGUCAUGUGACAAAGUACAGCCUGAGCUGGCUCGCUGAGAACAGCUAUGAAGGAAAGAAGCAGAGCACCGUCCAGCCACGCAUCCUGUGGAACUCAGACAUCUAUAAAAAUGCAACCCCCCCCUCCGCCAAAUGGGACACGUUCAUGAGCAGCGACGAUGAAGUCAAGAAGUUUCUUCAUAACUAUCUUCUGUAUGGGAUCGCUUUUGUCGAUGAUGUCCCCGCGACAGUCGAGGCCACAGAGGCAGUGGCCAAGAGGGUCAGUCUUAUCAGGGAGACUACGUACGGAAGAAUGUGGUGUUUUACUUCAGAUUUUUCCAGAGGAGACACUGCCUACAGCCAGCUGGCCCUGGACCGUCACACGGACACCUCCUACCUUCAGGAACCAUGUGGAAUCCAGGUGUUCCACUGCCUCAAGCAUGAGGGAACUGGGGGAAGGACGCUACUUGUAGAUGGGUUCUACGCCGCUGAAAAGGUGCGCCAGCAAUCUCCCGAGAACUUCGAGCUGCUUGCACGCGUGCCAAUCGGGCACGAGUACAUUGAAACCUCUGACGACCACCGAAACCACAUGACGGGCAUCGGCCCUGUGCUCAACGUCUACCCUUGGAACAAGGAAAUGUACCUGAUCCGAUACAACAACUAUGACCGAUCAGUGAUAAACACAAUACCCCAUGACUGUGUUCAGCGAUGGUACGUGGCACAUCGAGAGCUGACGACAGAACUGAGGCGGCCAGAGAACGAGCUGUGGGUGAAACUGACUCCAGGGAAAGUGAUUUUCAUCGACAACUGGCGUGUCCUGCAUGGGAGGGAGUCUUUCACUGGCCUGAGGCAGCUCUGCGGAUGCUACCUGACCAGAGACGACGUCCUCAGCUCUGCACGCGGCUUCGGGCUGCAGGCCUGAUCCAGGACAUGACGUUUCAGGUCAGGUAUGGGGGCAUGCGCCAAGGCAGCGCGUUGCUCCGUCUACCUUCCGACGGUACUCCUGGGGUCUCCGUAUGGCCAUCCUCCAGGCGGACACUCGUCCCAGCCCCAUCCCACAUGACGGUUCCUCUUAAUCAGUCAGCCCUUAGAUCUCACGGUUCAUAUGUUGCCCAUAUGCAACAACAUGUACUACAACAACAUUCCAGUUGCACCACUUAAUGCAACUUGUCGUCCCUUUUAUGCUACCCAAGAAAAAUUAAUUAUAGAGAACAACCCUGUUUUUAAUGUGAAGUAGGGAGGAUGAGUUUCGGAGUCGCACAGCCUCUGUAGUCUGUAACGGUGCUGUGAAACACAGAGAGAUUAACAAAAUAAUAAUGUUUAUUAUGAACAAAGUAAGUACACUAGGCAAGAAAGAGCAUGUACAUCUUGGCUAUUAUUUCAUUGGUUUGGAAUAUAUUGUUAUUUUAGUAAAACAUUCAGCUUGGUAAAAAGCCAUUUUGUUGUCUCGCUAAGUGCCUAAAACACGAGUAUAAUAUGAUAAAUGGACUGGACUGUAAAGCUUUUCUAGUCUUCCGACCAAUCAAAGCGCUUACACACCAUAUGUCAUCAUUCACCCCGAUGGCAGGGGCUAGCAUGCAAGGUGCCAGCUGCCCAUCAGGCCGAGCUGCACUCUGCCAUCUUGCUUUUAAAAUGCCUUGUGGGAAGUCACUCUCUCAUACGAGCAUGUAGUAACAUGGACGAGCGCCCGGCAACCAAGACGAAGACAGAAGCUCUGAUUAUGACACAGUGUGGCUUUGUUCUCUGCUCAGGUAGACUCCACUGUAUCUUUACAUAGCUAAUAGUUAUUUGCUGUUUAUAUUAAUGUUCAAAAUGGUAUAGGGGAACGUUAUAUUCUGUGAAAGCCUUCUUUCAACAAGUUGUAUUUUACUCAUUGUUUUUCUGUCAUUUUAAAGUGUUGAAUGUCUCCUUGGGAGAAUUAAAUGUGUACGUUCUCAAAUGGCUUAAUAUUAUUGCUCUAAUCAUAUGAUCACAUUAAAUAGUGUCAUAGAGGAUGGGACUGGUUCCGUAAUAUUACCCGUAUUACAGUAAGUUUCAGCUAAUUAGCAAAAAAAAAGGGUAAGCAUAGCUGAGGCUAACGGGUAAAUCAGUUGUUUUCAUGGCAGAAAAUGAAAAGGUGAGGGAUCAUCAAAGUUAUGACGAGUCAUUCUCUGAGUGUCUGUUCAGAAUAUCCUGGUAAUCCAUUCGGUUGUUGUUGAGAUGGUGGACCGAUCCAAAGUUCAAGUAACACUGGGUUAUGCUUAUGACAUCGUCUCAGUACAGCGCAGCAGCACACGGACAGCAGAAGAUUGGCCAAAGCUGAUCUUAGUUAAAGUGUAACCAGUGUAAGUCUAGUUCAUGGUUGGUUUCAUGAAGACGCCAAACAGCUCAGUCAAAGGAAACUUAUUUAAGGUUUCUGUGCUACCUCCUUACUUGCCAAACGAUUAUAAAUGUGUGGAUACUAGAUUGGCAUUGGCAGAGGCAGAGGGGUAGCCAAUUUAUGGAUCGGAGGAGCUGUUUUAUAUUUGCUUUUAAUAAAUAAUGUUGACGUGUGUAGUAUAAAACGCUCAUAAUUAAUUUACAGAUGUCUGGCCUUUACUUUCACCAUUUGAAUAAAGAGGUCCAAGUUGUCA